AUGGUGACCGUGGAGGAGCUGCUUCUGGAAACCCUGGAACAGUUGGGACAUGACGAUUUUAAGACUUUCAAGUGGUACCUGCAGCUGCCGGAGAUCUACAGCAGCUUCGCCCCGAUCCCGAAGUACAAACUGGAGACGGCAGACAGGCUGGAAACUGUGACAGUGAUGGUGCAGAAAUACAACCAUCACGUUGUGGAGAUGGCUGAGACGGUUUUGGGGAAGAUGAGCAUGAUUGAGCUGGUGCAGUAUCUGUCAGACAGAAGGUCAGAACUAAAAGAUGUGGAGAUGCACGUGCUACAGCCUCUAGAAGAACAGAUCCAACAGUUUCAACGCACGAUACAGACUAAUUUCCAGAGCAAGUUUAUGUGUGUUCAAGAGGGCAUGGCCGAGAGUACAGAGGAGCAGUGCCUGGAAGACAUCUUCAUAGAGCUGUACAUUACAGACGGGGGGGAAAUACACAUCAACGAACAGCAUGAGAUCAUGCUGAUCAGGAACUCAAGGACGGCAGCAGUGAAACCCAUCGACCCCAGUGACAUCUUCAAGAGCCCCAUUGGUAAACCCUUAAGAACAGUGCUGACGACUGGAGUUGCAGGAAUUGGCAAAACAUUCCUUGUGAAAAAGUUUGUGUUGGACUGGGCCGAGGGAAGAAAGAAUCAAGACGUGCAUCUGAUAUUUCCCUUUAGCUUCAGCGAACUGAAUUUACUGAAGGGAAAAAGGUUGAGUCUGGCCGAGCUGAUUCAUCGAAGUAUCUGGGAAACCAAAGCCAUCACCGAGGAAGAUCUUAACGUUAUCUUUGCAAAACUACAGGCAUCCGGAAGCCGCGACUUUAACAACAGUCAAUAUAAACUCCUGUUUGUGUUGGACGGAUUGGAUGAAAGCCGCAUUCAGAUGGAUUUGAUGCGAGCUGAGCCUCAGCCGGUUGAUUUUGAUGUGACACAGUCGUCCUCGUUGGAGGUCCUGCUGACUGCGCUCAUCAGUGGGAAUCUGCUUCCCUCCGCUCGGGUCUGGAUAACCACACGACCUGCAGCAGCCGGUCAGAUCCAUCGAGAUUUUAUCAAAAGAGUGACAGUGGUGAGAGGAUUCACUGAUCCACAGAAGGAGGAGUACUUCAAGAAGAAGUUCCCCGAUAAGGAACAAUGCGGCAGAAUCAUCGCCCACAUCAAGGCAUCACGAAGCCUAUUCAUCAUGUGUCACAUCCCAGUUUUCUGCUGGAUCACCUCUACAGUCUUGCAGGAUGUUUUGAAAACCAAAACGAACAUAGAUCUGCCCACAACGUUGACGGAGAUGUACACAGAAUUCCUGAUGUAUCAAAUCACGCUGACAGGAGAGCGAUGUGGCAAAAAAAAGAGCAUCCGGUACAUCAAGUCCUUGGCAAAACUAGCAUUCGACCAUUUGGAGAAAGGCAACCUCUUCUAUGAGAAAGAUCUGAGGGACAGUGGCGUUAAUUUCCGCAAAGUGUCGCAGAACAUUGGAGUGUUCACAGAGGUCUUUAAAGAGGUGCGCAAGUGGAAGGACACCGAUAAGGGGCGGAUGUUCCGCUUCGUCCAUUUGACCCUUCAGGAGUAUCUGGCUGCCCUUCAUGUUGUGAUGUCACUCAUUAACGACAACAAGAACGUACUGUUGGAGCAAAAGCUAAAACUGGAGGAUCUGUGUACGCUCUGCAGGAGAAAAACCAUGACAGAGGUCCACGAGAUUGCAAUUCAGAAAGCGCUGAGUUCAAAUGGGCAGCUGGACUUGUUCCUGCGCUUCCUUCUGGGCCUUUCUCUGCAGACCAAUCAGGAUCUCCUUAUGUGUCUGCUGAAUACGUCAAAGGGGUUCCCUCAGACCAACCAUCAACACACGAUCCAGUCCAUCAAGAAAAGGAUAAGGGAGAACAUAUCCCCAGAGAGGAGCAUCAAUCUAUUCCACUGUCUUAAUGAGCUCAGAGAUGAUUUCUUAGUGAAGGAGAUCCAGCAGAACUUGAGUUCAGGAAGUCUGUCCACAAGCGAUCUCUCUCCGGCUCACUGGUCGGCACUGGUCUUCAUCCUGCUGUCAUCGGAAGACACGCUGGAGGUGUUUGACUUGAAGAAAUACUGUCCUUCAGAGGAGGGUCUCCUCAGACUGAUACCAGUGGUCAAGGCCUCCAACAAAUCACUGCUGAGUAGCUGCAAUCUAUCGGACAACAUCUGUGAGGCUCUGGCUUCAGUGCUCGGCUCUGAGUCCUCUAUGCUGAGAGAGCUGGACCUGAGUGACAACAACCUGCAGGAUUCAGGAGUGAAGCUUCUUUGUGUUGGACUGGAGAGUCCAAACUGUGUCCUGCAAACUCUCAGACUGUCAGGCUGCGUGAUCUCAGAGAAAGGCUGCGCUGCCCUGGCCUCGGCCCUGAGGUCCGAACACUCCAACCUGAAAGAGUUGGACCUGAGCUUCAAUCAUCCCGGAGACUCUGGAGUGAAAGUGCUGUCCGCUCUCCUGCAGGAUCCAAACCAUCCACUGGAAACUCUCAACUUCGACUAUUGUGGAGAGCAAAGACUGAGUCCUGGUCUGAAGAAAUAUGUUUGUGAACUCGUCCUGGAUGAAAACUCAGCACAGAAAAACCUCAAACUGUCCGACGGCUGCAGGACGGUGACCACCGUGGAAGAGAAGCAGCCGUAUGGUCACCACCCGGACAGAUUCGACUGCUGGCUGCAGGUGCUGGGGAGCACUGGACUGACUGGCCGCUGUUACUGGGAGGUCAAGUGGAAUGGCCUGGCUUAUAUUGCGGUGACGUACAAAAGAAUCAUCCGCAAAGGAGAGGGUGCCGACAGCUGUCUCGGUGCGAACGACCACUCCUGGAUGCUGCUGUGUCACAGUGACGUUAACUUCUCCGUCAGGCACGGAAACAAAGUUUCACACGUCCGGCCUCGGUUCUCUCCAGCCUCGGACAGAGUGGCAGUCUUCCUGGACUUUCAGGCCGGCAUUCUGUCCUUCUACAAAGUGACCUCUGUCGCACUGAUCCACCUCCACACGUUCAAAUCCACGUUCACUGAGCCUCUGUACCCCGCGUUCGGGUUUGGGUUCAGUCAUCGAUUUCAGGACUUUGGGUCAUCGGUGUCUUUGUGUGAAAUGAAAGAAGUCAUCUACUUCUCUCGCUGCUGA